AGUUUCUAUUACUUAAUAAAAUAUUUUGCAUACGUACGUAACACAGAAGAGACAAAAAAAAGUAGCGCAUCAUUCCACAAACUUGUAAUCAAAUCUUAAUUAUUUAAAUUUAAGGAAAGUUCAACUUGCAUAAAGACAGCUAACUAGCAAGACUGGUUUUACACUAAUUACGUGUGAAAAACAGAACAAGUACAGUUGUAUGUCUUAUCGAUGGAAGCAAAUCAAGGAUGCUAAUUGCCAAGUCCAACGUUUGAAUUUAUCUUAAGAAGUUACUAUAACUAAACAACUGUUAGUCUUAUAAUGGGGUUAAAUGUAAACUUACUCUUAUAGCGGUAGCUAUACAUACGGUUAUGAAUACAUGGAGUGGAGCUGGUAACGGAAUAAAGUUCAGACAACUGAAUUUCAAUAUUCAAAAGAAAAAUUGAGAGCAAUGAGCGAGGCUAGUACAUGUAGGCUUCCCUUUAGAUUACCCUUUAUUUGAUACAAUAGAGUGGUUUUCUAUUUACACAAUCACACACAUAUAUUUAUGGAGUAGUACUGUUGAUUUACCUAGAAGACAAUAGAGUAAAAAGGAGGUAUUGAUGUUGAUUAGACAAAUCGUUGAAGUGCUUCUGAUCUGUUUCAGCUUUUUUUUCCUUCUUGUUUUCUAAUUAUUUUGUCUUUUCUUCAGGACUUACAGUGGGUAAGCAAUUAGCACCAUCCAACGGGCACAUCCAAGGUAGGACCAUUAAUGGGCUCAGUAAUGGGCUCUAUAAAAGGGGCCUAGUAACAUAAUCAGUAAUAAUGACCAUUUAUAAACACUAACCACAAAAGGUAAUUUCCACAAGAAAAGAGCACAGAAAGGUUAGUACAUUACUGCUUUGGAAAUGAACUGUUCCAUAUCUGCAAAUUGGUUUGUUUUGAUUCUGUCUAGGGUUCGAUUCGAACAUAACUUGUACUCGUGAAGCUACAGAAAAGAGAUGGGAGAAUCUAAGAGCUUUACUGGGUCUUAUAAAGACUUUGUUUAAUUUAUUCAUCGUCUUUAUUCUUCUUCACAGCUUCUAACCUGAAGCUGGUCCUCCUGCUUACUUUAUUCAUCGUCUUUACUCUUCUUCACAGCUUCUAACCUCAAGCUGCUCCUCCUUCUGGUAAAUUACCACCUUAGUUUUUAUUGAUUUUUUUUAUAAAUUUCUGAUCAGCAAUUAUUGAUUUGGGUGCUUUUUUUUUCUGCUCACUCAUUAUCCUAAUCAUCAGUUUGGUUCUAGUUGGUAAGACUAUCUACAAUGAUUUUAACACCCUCUUAGUUUUUAACAUCCUCAUUUUUUUCUUUUUAACAUUCCACAUCAUCUUUUCUCUCUUCCACUUCAUUUAUUCAACACCCACUUCGUUUUGUACUUUACAAUAAUUUUGUUUUAAAAAAUUCAACAUUCUACUCUACAACUUUUAAUUCAUAUUUUUUGUUUUUUAAAACAUAACAAUUACAUAUUAAUAAGUAAUUUAAAACUAAAUAAAAUAAAUUUUAAUAAUAUUUAUUUAAAAUUAUUAUACUAAACUUAUUUUUAAAUAAUACCAAAAUCACUAUAAUAAAAAACUAAAAUUAAGAACAUAUUCAUUUUUAAGUUAGAUAUUUACUUAAUUUUAUUCAAAAGUAAGAAACUUAAUAUUAUUAAAACAACUAAAAUUAAAAAAAAACUUUUAAUAUAUACAAUACAAGCACACAUUAUUAAUAAAUUUUAAACACACACGAUAUGAAGCACACAAAAUAAAAAUACAUUAAUUAGUACAUUGGAAAUUUGGUUUUGAAAUUGAUAAUUGUUGGGAUUUUGAAAGUUGAACAGAAAAUUAGAAGAGUUUUGGGUGUUAAAAAGAUUAUUAUUAGGAUUCAUUUAACCAAAAAAAGUUUAAAACACUAAAAUAGUUGAUUAUAAUGAAAAUGAUGAUUUUUUCUGUAUCCAAAUGAAAUGAGAGUAGUCUCUAUUUAUAAAUAAUUUUUUUCUGAAUUUUGAUAUUUUAAAAACAAAUUUUAUUAUGUAAUAAAUGUGUUUGAAUUAUUAGGUGAAGUUAAAUAUCAAGUGAAAUUUGCUCAGUCAAUAAGAGCAAAACAUUUAAAUCUUAUCCAGACUAAAAAAACAGGUUAAUCCGUAUGCGUGACGCACGCGCUAAAUGCGCUAAAUGUUUUUGGCCAUUCACAGAGCGACACGUGGUAGUACAGGCCACAAAAUUUUUUUUCAGCUGUUGAAACUUUUCAAUGCUUGUUGAUAACACAUAGAUAAACACUUGUAUAACAUCCUCACUGCAAGGGUUUAAACUGUUAAAAGUGAGUUUCAACACCCAGUUGUGGGUGGUCUAAUUAAAUUGAUAGUUAACUUACUCUUUAUUCUUCUUAUGAACUCGCGGUUGAGUUUGAUGUCAUAUUUGCUGUAAAUGGAAACCAGGUUCGUUGGUUAAGCCCAUGUCCUCGGUUCUGAAGUAGACUACAUGAUCAUCGUCCUCUAAAACAUCCUCUCAGUCGUGAUUGCUCAAUUUGUAAAUACAAUGCUCUCACCUCUCAAUAUGUUUUAUGCUGCUGGAGAUUGUUUUGACUUUGUUUAUAAUAUCUGUGUGUGCAAACAGCAAGGGAAGAUCGGUGGCUGGAUCAUUUCAAGGUAAAAGGGGACAUGCUGAUGGAAAACAUAGCAAGGCUCGUUUUAAUCAUCCUAAAAGGAGUCAAAAUGGAUGAUAAAGGGAAUGUUUAUGUCGCUGAUACUUUGAACCUAGCCAUAAUUGGAGAUUCAGAUGUCACUACUAUAACUGGAGGGAAAUCAUAUGUAGCUGGGUUGUAGAGAUGGGCUAUGCUCAGUCCUAUGCCACAGAAGAGGGAUCAAGGCGUCGCCAUCAAGGCAGCAGCAUCAGAUACGGUGAAGCCUGUAGAGUACAAUAUAAUAAUGAAGGAUUGUUGAUUUGUUUCAUACUCUAAUUUGCUUUUUGUUGCUGUUAAAGAAUUUUCUCUCUAUGUGUUUCCUUUUAAAUCCACAGCUUUUCUUCCAAAAUAUAAAUCUAUUCACCAGAAGGAAAAGAUGACUUCCUUUGGUAAGAAUAUCUGUGGCUGAUUGUUUCAUGUUACUUGUUGCAGGGUCAGUGAAAGCUGAAAACAAGACCAGCAAAGAGUUUUGAGACCAUGGUCCUUAGUACAGGUAUGACACUUGUAGCUUUUCUAGAAUUGAUCUUGCAUUCUAACAUUAGGAUGUAAAAAUGAGUAUAUUCAAGGGACUAAAGGUAGAAUGAGCAGAAUACAGUUUCGAAAGGGAAAAAGAAUAAAAACAUAAAGGGCCCUACCGGGUUCGAACCGGUGACCUCUUGAUCUGCAGUCAAAUGCUCUACCACUGAGCUAAGGACCCUUUUUGUCGUUAUCCGUAAUAGUUUACAUUUUUAUUACUUUAAAUUUCACCGUAAGAGAUUAGGUGCUCAUGCAAAAACCAUUGUGAUUUCUCCAUGGUUGUCUGGCUUUGAGACAUAGCUAACGCAUGAAUAUGAUUCUUAAUUCACGUUCAGUAUUCCAUUGUUAUCUAAUUAAUGUAGAGAUUGCUUGAAAAUUUUGUAAUUUCAUACGUGUUUUGUUUGUAAUGGAAGUUAUUAAUCUAACGAAUUCGUAGUCUGCCUCUAAUCAUCCGAUUUACUUGCUUGGGUCGCACACCAUCCAUCCCCUUUCUCAACCUCACUAGUCACUACCCCCUCUUUGAUUUCACUCGUCGAAUGCAUAUUUUAUAUUUAUUUGUUCCUUAAUAAGUCGAAUUAUGGAGUCCUACUUAAAAGUAAGUAUUUAGGUUUGAACAAUUUUUCUCUCCCAGACGACCUUUUCGAGAGCAGUCUUUAUCCAAUAGACCCAAGCACAUUCCUGUCCAGCAUCCUGCUUUAGUCCAAAAGUCAACGGAGUUUCUUUUCGAAUUUCUUUCUUUUUUUGGAAAAACCAUUGGAUUUCUCCACGCUCUGGUCUUUUAUACAUCGGGUUCUUCCCCCGACCAUGGUCGGAGGGACCGCCGGAGCCGCCUUCUCGCCGCUUAACUUGCCUGCUGGAGUUUCCCAACCGGUCGUUCCAACCCAAAGCCACGCCUCUCCCCGAAGCGGAACCUGUUUCCUCUUCAGGGCCCAACUUUGCUGAAGAUCUCCACUACACCGAGGGUUUCCUCAGAACAGAGACGUAAUCACAGAAGCCUUUCAAGGAGCUCACAAAUUUGCUUAAGGGUUUCCUUAUAUACCUUUCUAUCACAAACUAGAAGAAGAUCUGUCAUUUAAAUCUCAACCACCAAGAAGUUAUUGCUCACAAAUUGACUCCACCAGCAACUACUUAAGCCUUCAAAGCGGCUUCUCUAAGGAACUAACUGACACAGGGGUUCCUGUUACUACAUUAGUUUCUUCGUGCUUUCCACCUCACAACAAAAGAUGUCUGGAAGACUUAGGAGAGCGGAUAAAGGUAAAGAAAUAGCUACUGACCCCUCUCAAGCCCCAAGAACUGCUCGCAUCAGAAUCCAAGACCCGGAUAAUGCUGAGCUCAUGCAACGCCACUCUCUAACACUCAUAGGCCGUGUUACCAACAGAACGGCGCAGCGAGUCUGGUCUCUCAUCCCAUUUUUCACCGAUCUCUGGAAGGCAAAAUCCAAACCGGUCGGCUCUGACCUAGGAAACGGAAUGUUCCAGUUUCAAUUUGACAGUGAGGAGGAUCUACUAUCGGUCUUGGAAAAAAGACCCUACUAUUAUGGAAGAUGGAUGGUUAUUGUCCAGAGAUGGGAACCCACGGUCUCCAAAAAUUUCCCAUCCCCCUUGCCUUUUUGGAUUAAAGUUCAAGGAAUUCCUGUACAUCUAUGGACAGAGGAGACAAUCCAGAAACUUGGCGAAGAUCUGGGUGUUUUUGAAAAGAUGGAAAUCACUUCAUCAACGGUGAGAAUGAGGGUGCAGGUUAAUGGACUGCUCCCGCUAAUCAAAUCAUCGGUGAUUGAGUAUGCGAAUGGAGAUGAAGUUACAGCGAGCUUCGUAUAUGAAAAGCUCGAUAAGCAUUGUCCUAAAUGUUUCCGCUUGGAUCAUGACUUAAAAGAUUGCUUGGAGGCCAAGCAUGAAGCUAGAGCUCUUAAAGCUCAGGAAGCUAGCGUGGGAAAUGAGGAACCUGAGAGAAGGGGAACGCACUACAAGCAUCGCGACUCAGGUUCUAAUAUUUUCCAUUUCACAGCUCAAGGAUCAGAGCACAGAGGAAGACAAGACUAUAACCGGCGAGAUCGCCAAGUUGAUGCGCGAGAUGAACUAGAGGCCCGACGCAGGUCUCGCUCCAGCCAAGAUACAGUCCCCCGAAGAUACUUUAGUGAGGACCCCAAGCGGGGAAGAGAGGACUAUCGUAGCCAAGAUAGUCGGUCCUCCUAUCACCGUGACACAAACCUGCACCUGCGUGAGGUUUCUUCUAGGCCACGGGACCUGGGAAGAGACAUUUCGGAUAAAUAUUUAUCCAGGGACCGCAGCCUGCAACCAACUAGAUCCAGAGAUAGAUCAAUACCAGGGAGAGAGGAUUCUCCUCCACGGCAGUCAAGAAUCAAUCCAACUAGGGGGAUUCCCCUGGAAGAAGUUCAAGCCUCUGUUCCAGUGGAAGUAUUUAAUGCAGCAGUGGGAGAAGUCAGGGAGGCCAUGAUACAAUAUACCCAAUGCAAUGAUCCAACUGAGAGCGCGGCCCGCAAGGAACGCAUGAGAAGAGCAGAGGAAGAAGGUGAAAUGGAGGAAACAGCAGCACUUAUGCUUCGGGCAACCUUGAUAGCGCCUACAGAUACCUUGCAAAGCCCGGAACAGCAACCCACAGCGGAAAGAGUACCAGCUGCUCUCCGGCUAGGGCCUACUGUCCAACCUUUACAAGGACCAGGCCAAGAUGCAUCCAAGGAAACAGGCAAGAGAAAGCCUGGACGACCUCCAGGAAGACGUACGGUGCAAGGAAGCCCAAAGUUAAUCAGAGGAUCGACUUCCAAAAAGAGAAAACUCACACAAGAUAAACCACCUCUCACCAGAAGAAAACUUAUUCCGGAAACGGAUCAAAGAAACCCGCAGAAGGCAAAGUCAAAACCCUCUUCAUCACGAGGCUCCCGAGGAGCCCGAGGAGCCCGAGGAGCCCGAGGAGCAAACGGAAGAGCAGAGGUGCAAACAAACUCGGAGGAUCAGCCCAUCUGCAAUUUGAUUCCGGCGUCAUCAAGAAGAAGAAAGAUGGAUUUUCAAAAUCCAUCUUCUCUCGUUCCUUAAAAGUUGCGAGUUGGAACUGUCAGGGUUUGGGGAAUCCCCGGACAGUUCGACGUCUAAAG